GGAAACAAGAGCAAUAUGGGGUGCGGUUUCGGAGCAAAUGCGCACUAACCAAUGUAAAACUGUGUAAAGGUAAAGCCGACCGUAUUACCCUCGGCUGUAUUCAUUUACUCUCGUCUCUCGCUUCAAAAGUAAAAAUUUUUUACUUGUCAGUCGUAAAAUCGCUGAAAAAACGCCCAAUCAAGCGAUUUUUUUGUAUGUUUACAUUGUGGUAUUGUAACGUUGGUUGGGAAUUUAUCAGGAGCAGAAUGGACUCUGUUGACGGUGAAACCUUGGAUAAAUUGGAAGAUGGUUUCAAGCUUCUGCGUAAUUCUGACAGUAAAUCGUUGCUUAAGAAAUACCUAACUCAAGACGUAUUUGAAAAUCUGAAAAAUAAAAAGACAUCGUACGGUUCUACGUUGCUUGACUGUAUACAAUCUGGUUUAAAAAAUCUAGAUUCCGGAGUCGGAAUAUAUGCACCGGAUUCAGAAUCGUACAGAGUUUUCGCAGAGUUAUUCGAUCCGAUUAUCGAAGACUACCAUAAAGGUUUUGGAAAAAAUGACGUUCAUCCGGCACCAUAUUUCGGAGAUCCAAAUGAUUUCGGUACACUUGACAUUGAAGGAAAACUCGUUAUUUCAACAAGAAUUCGAGUGGGUAGAUCAAUGAAAGGAUACCCCUUCAAUCCUUGUUUGACCGAGCAACAGUACAAAGAAAUGGAACAAAUUGCAACGAAAGCUUUGUCCAAUUUACCAGGAGACUUAGCAGGCCAGUUUUACCCUUUGACUGGCAUGUCAAAAGAUGUUCAACAACGAUUGAUUGAUGAUCACUUCUUAUUUAAAGAAGGCGAUAGGUUUUUAGAAGCAGCGAAUGCUAACAGGUUUUGGCCAACAGGUCGAGGUAUAUUCCAUAACGAACAGAAAAGUUUCCUCGUUUGGGUCAACGAAGAAGAUCAUUUACGAGUGAUAUCUAUGCAGAUGGGUGGAAAUGUUUGUGAGAUUUAUUCCAGAUUGUUACGUGGUUUAAAUGAAAUCGAAAAUAAGAUACCAUUCGCGCACGAUGACAGACUCGGAUAUUUAACUUUCUGCCCUACUAAUUUGGGCACCACUAUACGAGCAUCGGUUUUGAUCCGUAUUCCUAAGCUUUUAGCUAAAAAAGAUGUAUUAGAUGAUAUAUCGAAGAGGCAUAAUUUACAGGUACGAGGAACACGAGGGGAGCAUUCUUCGGCUGAAGGUGGCAUCGUUGAUGUUUCUAAUAAAAGACGUAUGGGUCUUACGGAAUACCAAGCGGUUAAAGAAAUGUACGAAGGUGUCAGCGAAAUUAUCAGUAAAGAAUACGAACUGAUGAAGAAAUAAAUACCAUCAUAAAGUACCCCCCUAGUUUUUAGCAUAUCAUCACUAUCCAUAUCAGCUUUUUUAUACAUUCCUUGCAUCGAAGAUGUGGUUGUGUUUUAAAUUUACCAUAGGGUUAAAUAAUAUCAUUGGCACUUGAAGUGCAUUCAUAGUAAUUAAUUAAGUACCUAUAAUUUGAAAAAUUUUAAGUUGAGUGCUUUCUAAGUCAUCUCUACAAAUUCCUAUACCUUAACUCGCAAACCAAAAUUCUAAACAUUGUUAAGUAAACGAUAAUCGUGUUAUUAAA